AAGUCAUUAAACCACAGAUUAACUCUUAAUUCAAAGAUCAACAUGGCAGGGUCUGCUGGUUCUCCUUGUGGAGCCUGCAAGUUCCUGAGAAGAAAAUGUGCCAGGGGUUGCAUUUUUGCACCUUAUUUCUGCCAUGAACAAGGUGCUACACAUUUUGCAGCCAUCCACAAGGUUUUCGGAGCAAGCAAUGUGUCGAAAUUGCUUGCUCAACUCCCCAUUAAUGAUCGUUGUAGAGCUGCGCUUACAAUUUCGUAUGAAGCUCAAGCCAGGGUUCAAGAUCCUGUUUAUGGCUGUGUUUCCCAUAUUUUUGCUCUCCAACAACAGGUUAUUAAUCUACAGGCACAACUAGCUUCAGCCAAGGAACAAGCAGCUAAAAGCAAUUCCACUGGCUCUGACAAUUCAAUGAACCCAAGUUGGCUUCAGUACUCGGAAAAUUUAAACAUGACGAAUCAGCAACAUCCCAUCUCUUUCGGGAAUGACGAAAAUUUCAUGGUUCCAGAAGUACUAAAUGACAUAUAUGGAAGCUUUGGGGAGUCUGCUAAUUCCAUGAGCUCAUUAGAUCACAUGCAAACAAACAGUAUGCAGUGGAGUUUCGAUCAAGCCUAAAGACAAAUACGAAGGAUGACUUUGAUCGAGUUAAUUGCCAGCAGCAUUCUUGAGCCGAUAUUGAGGCCUCAGAGCCGGAGUUAAUGUAGGAAAUUUGAAGAGGAUUUUUCCAUUAAUUUUUUAAUUGCUGCUGCAUAAUGAAUGUCAAAGACGUAUGCAGUACUAGGGUAUUCAAUUAUUCAUAGACACCUAGAAUCAUAAUCAAAAUUAUUUUCUUUUAGUUCUGUCACUUCUAUGUAUCUUGUCAUAUAAUUUCCUGUUUCUGAUGUAAACUUUACCAUGAUAUGAGUAACGUAAUGAUCUACCCAAGAAUGCCACAUUAAAGUUAAUCUUUUGU